CCGGACUUUGGUGAAGUCUAAGCCAAGAUGGCUUCCCCGUAAUCUGGUGUAUCUCUGAACCUCUUACACAUUAAAUCCUUUGCACUCUAAAAUUAUAUUGAUUCCUGAAAUAGUAAGGAACCUACAGAAGUCAGUGUUCUUUAUAUGUUUGAAAUAUAACUAACCUUCUGUUUGGAGUCGCAGGUAUUGACUCAAGACAUAGCCUUUCAGAAUGCAGACCAUAAAGUGUGUUGUUGUGGGGGAUGGUGCAGUUGGUAAGACUUGCUUGCUCAUCUCUUACACCACCAACAAGUUCCCUUCAGAGUAUGUGCCCACGGUCUUUGACAAUUAUGCUGUUACGGUUAUGAUCGGUGGGGAACCAUAUACGCUUGGACUGUUUGACACAGCAGGUCAAGAAGAUUAUGAUCGACUCCGCCCCCUUAGUUAUCCGCAGACAGAUGUGUUCCUUGUGUGUUUCUCUGUUGUGUCGCCAUCUUCCUUUGAAAACGUCAAGGAAAAGUGGGUUCCAGAAAUCACACAUCAUUGUCAGAAAACACCAUUUCUGUUGGUGGGAACGCAGAUCGAUUUACGAGACGAUGCCGCAACCAUAGAGAAGUUGGCCAAGAACAAACAGAAGCCGAUCACAUUUGAACAAGGAGAGAAACUUGCUAAAGAGCUGAAGGCCGUCAAAUAUGUCGAGUGUUCGGCACUGACACAGAAAGGAUUGAAGAAUGUUUUUGAUGAGGCAAUUCUGGCUGCGUUAGAGCCCCCAGAACCGGUAAAGAGGAGAAAGUGCAUCCUCUUGUAAAUUUUUGUAUUAGCUGCAGAUCAGGGUGAGUUAAGAUAACAAAGUAAACGGAUUGGUUUUUCGGCGCCUCGUUCGUCAUUAUAUACUAACCAACUUGUGAAUAUGCGCAUUGACAGAGAAGGACAAGUCUAUUGAGAUGUUCUUUAAGGGAUUCUCCAGUUGUGAAAUGCAACAUAACAAGGAAGCAGGAAGGAGUGUGAGCAGUGUAUACUUAUAUUAAUAAAGGGGUAGGUAGGUUUGGAAAUGCUAGACAUUGUCUGGUUGCAUCGCAGCAGUCCGAGGUUGGGAUGAAGAAUAUUUAUCAGAGGAGGUGCAUUUUAAUUUGAUUCUGUGCCAUUGCCACAUUCCUUACUGUUUUGAACACCUCGUGCAUAAUGAUGGAGUGUUUCUUUGGUCAGCACGGACGACUGGUUUGUUUGGCGAUGGGGGUCAUGUGCUUGUCCAGUACCUUCAUUCCUAAUGGCAAGUUCAUACUUACAGAGGAACGUUCUGCGAUAUUGCAGUUAUGUUUCACAAAUUUGAAUUUGUUAUAUCAGAUAACUUUUGUUUUGCGACAGUUCCUUUAUAUGUAGUUGAGAUUUCUGUGGAUGGCGUCAGUUGGCUGGCGAUGUUUCUUAAACGCUUGCUUUUAGCGAGUGUGUAUCUUGUUUUUACUUAUUUGUCUCUGUCAACAAGAAAAGUUAGAUUAUUCUACAUUGUGCAGGAAACUGUUGUCAUAUAACAUUUUUCCCAUCCACAGGAAUUUUCUCUUGCCAGUAGGAGCUGGUACGAGUGAUGAUACGUAAUGGGAGAGGUUGUAUAAAAUUUGUCACAUAUAAAACACUCUGCCCUUUUUGAGUGCAUAAUCCUUCCUUACUAUUGAACACUAAUAAUAUAUUAUUGUAAUAAUAAGUAUAGUUCCCAAAGGAAGUAAUUUAAUUCUGGGUCAAUUUUGUAUGCUGUAUGUGUGGCUGCGUGAUUGUGCGAGUGGUAUUAUAUGAUGGAUUCACUUUGAAAUUGCUAGCAGUCUCAUGAGCAGAGAUGUUUCAGCGAGACAAAGAUGAAUAUUUGGUAAUUUUGUUUUCAAGCCUGUAAAUUUAACUUACGUUAGAGUUUAUAGAUAUUCAUGAAUAAAUUAACACGAAGCGUGAUUUUACCAAA